AACACGGUUCGGGUCGUGUUUUUUGAGAUAGGAUCGUCGCCGUAGCCGUCGUAGUUGUUGAACCGUUGUUCAUCAGGACCUUUUUCGGGCCCGCCGGACGCGAUACAGGCAGUCAGUCACCCAGUGAAGGGUUCACUUUGGUUGGAACAGAACCGAUUCUAGCAGUAGAAGAAUGAUGGUCUUCCAUCGCAACCGGGCAGUCGCCCUCGUGGUGCUGGUGUGCUCUGCCGUCCUUGUGCCGGCUCGUGCCUCGACCAGCUUGGCCAAGCGUGAGGCACCGCUUCUGCCGAGCGGUAGCUAUCUGCCACCGUCGGGCGGUGCUGGCGGAUAUCCGGCGGCGCAGACUCCUUCCUCAAGCUACGGUGCGCCGACUGGUGGUGCUGGAAGCUGGAGCGGUAACGGCAAUGGAGGCCGUGGACACUCCAACAAUGGUGGUGGUCAAUCGUUCGGUGGCCCCUCGGCUCCUUCCCAGUCGUACGGUGCUCCUAGCUUCGGUGGCCCAUCUGCCGGCGGUUUCGGAGGACACAGCUCGGGAGGAUUCGGUGGACAAGGUGGAAAUGGCAAUGGAAACGGUAACGGAUACUCGAGCGGACGUCCGUCAAGCCAGUAUGGACCACCGCAGCAGCAGCAGCAGCAGCAGCAGCAAUCGUUCCGUCCACCAUCCACUAGUUACGGAGUUCCGGCCGCACCUUCGCAGUCUUACGGUGCUCCGUCGCAGCAGCAGGGCAACGGCGGCAACGGUGGAUAUUCUAGCGGACGUCCCUCGAGCCAAUACGGAGCUCCUUCGCAGUCGAACGGAAAUGGCUUUGGAAGCGGUCGUCCCUCGUCAAGCUAUGGUGCGCCAAGCCGUCCCUCGUCUCAGUACGGUGCUCCAUCGGCUGGAAACGGCAAUGGAUACUCUGGCAAUGGAAACGGACGUAGCUACAGCAAUGGAAACGGCCACAGCAAUGGCAAUGGCAACGGUAACAAUGGAUACUCUCGUGGACCAGCUCGUCAACCGUCGCAGCAGUACGGAGCUCCGGCUCAGACUCCCUCGUCUCAAUAUGGAGCCCCAGCUCAGACCCCGUCCAGCCAGUAUGGUGCCCCCGCCCAGCAGCCUUCUAGCCAGUAUGGUGCCCCAGCUCAGACCCCGUCCAGCCAGUACGGAGCUCCAGCUCAGCAGCCUUCUAGCCAGUAUGGUGCCCCAGCGCAGCAGCCUUCUAGCCAGUAUGGUGCCCCAGCUCAGACUCCCUCGUCUCAGUACGGUGCCCCUGCUCAGACCCCGUCCAGCCAGUAUGGAGCCCCUGCUCCAUCGCGCCCAUCGCAGCAGUAUGGAGCUCCCGCUCAGACUCCCUCCUCUCAGUACGGUGCCCCAGCUCAGACCCCAUCCAGCCAAUACGGAGCCCCAGCUCAGACCCCAUCCAGCCAAUACGGAGCCCCAGCUCAGACCCCAUCCAGCCAGUAUGGAGCACCUGCUCCAUCGCGCCCAUCCCAACAGUACGGAGCACCAGCUCAGACUCCUUCGCGUCCGUCGCAGCAAUACGGAGCCCCAGCCCAAACCCCAUCCUCUCAGUACGGAGCCCCAGCUCAGACUCCCUCGUCCCAGUACGGAGCCCCAGCCCAGACUCCAUCUUCCCAGUACGGAGCCCCAGCUCAAACUCCCUCUAGCCAGUACGGUGCACCUGCUCCAUCGCGCCCAUCGCAGCAGUACGGAGCCCCAGCCCAAACCCCGUCCUCGCAGUACGGAGCCCCAGCCCAAACCCCAUCCUCUCAGUACGGAGCCCCAGCUCAAACUCCAUCCAGCCAGUACGGUGCGCCCGCCCAGCAGCCUUCCAGCCAGUACGGUGCCCCAAGCUUCGGCUCGACCGGUGGUUCCUCUUUCGGAGGCAACGGUAACGUCGGUGGUAGCUACCAGGUAAGCUCGACCGGCAACGGAUUCUCGCAGGCUUCCUUCUCGGCCAGCAGCUUCUCGUCGAACGGACGCAACUCACAGUCGGCCGGCGGAUACAGCUCGGGUGGUCCGUCGCACUCGUCCGGUGGCUACAGCUCCGGUGGCCCAUCGCAGGUUCCGGCCACACUGCCCCAGUCGUACGCAUCCAACGGUGGCUACAACUACUAAAGCAAAACACACCACACCACAGUGUAACCCAUGACCACUGCCAAACCGGACACGAACACUGCGAAACGGAUUCUGAACGGAACAUAAUUGUAAACACGUGCCUUAUUUAAGAUAACUUAUAGUUUACCCACCUGUGUUCUUCCACCACACGCGGUUGCUAGCCGCGUGGACGAUACACGGAAGUUACCCAAAACAACCGUCGCACACAAAACAACAUUCCAUGAGAGCUUCAACAAUGGCGCGCACACUGUCAAACGACUGAUGCGUGUGACAGCUGUCAAACGAUAGUGAACGAUUUUCAAACUGACUGUUACGGGGCUUUGUUACCAACCGCGUUUUUCGAACCCAACAUUCGCAAAUUAUUACGCAUCAACGAGAGUGAGUGCGACGGUUUUUGUACCAUUACUUAAAUUAUUACACCUUGUUCAAUGUUGACUUCAUUUUUAAACGUCGUUAUUCGUACACCGCCCACGAUGCGAAGCGGAUUGUUAGUGCUAUUUGAACGAACGAGCGGAUGAAACGGGCCAAAACCGGAUGCAGAAGCAGCAACGGCAGACAAUGGUAUCAGUGAACAGUGACUUCCGAUGUGCACAAUUUCUUCACCAUCACGAUCAGAUUAAAAAGCGCGUCCGUGCGAAGUUUGUCCAAAAUUUUUGUCUUGCAAAAUUGUGGAUCAAGCUCCGUGCCUGCUCGAAACCUGGAGACGUCGCUUUCACGGAAGCACAGGGAUAUGCAUUGUCUGCGUAGGGCAGCAUUACGGGGGUUUGGCGACCGUGAGCAAUGGAAAAACUCGAUACGUAUAUCAAGCGAUUGAACAAAAAAAGGCUAUGGCAGGCCUUCGAACGAAAUAAAGUGUAAUCAUCGUUUGACUCUUUUCCUCAAAAAAAAAA